GUCAAUUGGACUAAGAUGUUUGUCUAAUCCCUUAAAAGGACAUGCAGUUUACUUUCAUUAAUUGAAUAGGCUUAUUUCUGCUCUCUAAGAGACUGUUCGUGCCCUCUGUAAGUGGAGAUGACACAUAGGAUAUUACAUCAAUCGUUAUACGGAGUUUAUAAAACCAGAUACUUUUUAACACUUGUUGUUUUAUAGUGCGCUACAAUGGAGAAGAUAUCCUUGAUUUUGGUUGUGGCUCUUUUUAUUUAUUGUGAGGGACAACUCGAUAGGAGGACCCCUCCGAAGGAUCUUACAAUAGAUCAAAUUAUGUCAAGAAUGCUUGGGGGAUAUGGAGCUAUUGCCAACAGACUGACGUUACCGGGUGGAUUGGUUCUGAAGGAGUUAGACAUGUAUGUGACACAGGAACAGUUUAAUGCACUGAAUUCUAACAGCAAAAGAAAGCGACGAAAGGCUGUGCGAAAUCCUGUGUCGUACUGGGAUGGUGGGAGGGUACCAUACAGGUUCACACCUGGACAUUUUGAUGAUGGUGAUCAAUAUUUCGUGAAAGUUGCUAUGAGAGAACUCGAAAAAUACACCUGUCUUCGAUUUAAAGAAAGAACCACGGAAACUGACUAUGUGGACAUGAUGGAUUCACAAGGAUGUUGGUCUCGACUGGGUAAAGAAGGCGGAAGGCAGGAGCUAAGCUUAGAUAGAAAUGGAUGUCGCUUUAAAGGACUGUACCUACAUGAAAUUGGGCAUGCCGUAGGAUUAAUUCACGAACAGAAUCGACCAGAUCGAGACGGAUACAUUCGAAUUAAUGAACAGAACAUCCAGCCGGGCCUAAAAGAUCAGUUUAACAAGUACCCGGUCUCGUACAUCAAUACGUAUGCAAUACCUUACGAUUUCCCGUCUGUCAUGCACUAUGGAGUUACAGCUUUUAGUAGAGAUGGUAGGAGUCAAACAAUCUCUGCUUUACCAGCGUACAAGGACAAGGAAGCAGAAAUAGGCAGAGUUUAUCAGAAGGAGCUGUCCUUUGGGGAUGUACGGGUUUUGAACGCCAUGUACAGAUGCAAUGAUCAUUGUGAUGACAGUGUUAGAUGUGAUGGGGGAUUCUUGGAUCAGAAUUGUGAAUGCAUCUGCCCUGACGGAACAUCUGACUGCAUGAUAGGAAAAACAAAGUUAAAUCCAGGUUGUCGAAAUUCAGAAGAUGAUUGGAAAUGCAAUGUUUGGGCAAAACAAGGUGAAUGUAGAAGAAGAUCAGAAUGGAUGAAUACUAAUUGCGCACGCGCAUGUGGAUCGUGUGGAAACUCUCAAAAUGUUAGACAAGACCAGGAGAACGUUUGUGAAAACGUCUAUGACGACGAUACCUGCAAUGAGUGGCGAGAUAACGGCGACUGUGUGGUCGCAGAGGACUGGAUGAGACAGAACUGUAAAAUGUCCUGUAACUACUGCAGCAAAUCCAAUCCUAGACCAAACACUAACUGCAUGAACGCUUAUUCGGACGACACCAAGUGCAGAGGCUGGGCUUUAGAAGGUGAAUGUGUCAUCAACCCUGCGUGGAUGCCAAUUAACUGUGCAAGUGACUGUCAUUCAUGCAAAAACAAUGGAAGUAUACCAGACGAGGGCACGAAAACCACACGUACACCAACACAGACGAGACCGCCUGUAGUUACCACCCCACCGCCAACCACUCCUCCUCCAGAUUCAUGUGAAGACAGAUACCCUACAUCAGGUUGUCAGCGCUUCCAGAGCAGAUGGAAUUACUGCACCAUAUAUAAGAUGUGGAUGGAUGCCAAUUGUAUGAAAACAUGCGAGCUUUGCAGCGGGGGAAAAAGAGAAAAAGAACUGGAUUCGUGCAAAGACGAGAAUCGAUAUUGUCCAGACUGGGCUCGACGUGGUGACUGUGUCUUCAAUCCAUCCUACAUGUUAUCCAACUGUAAGAAGUCUUGUCGAGUGUGUACAUCAGGACUUCGAGAGGGUUCUGAUGAGCUUGUACAGCAGUUGAUGGCAGAAAAUGGUUCGACAAGGUCUGCAGUCAGUCAAUUGUCCAUUCUAAUAGCGAUAUGUACUGUAGCAGUUCUUGUUUGAAGUGUUGGAACUGUAUUAAUUCAAAUUUAUCUAAUUACAUGUACAUAUAGAUUGUCUAAUCAUAAUAAUACGUAAACAUGUGUUAUGUAAAAAUGUUCUUGUGCCAUAUCUCAUUUUUAUUCUAUACAUCAUUUUUUUUUUAUUCAUUGAAUGCAUCAUGACGCACAGUAAUGGUUGGUUUCGUUAUGGACAAUUUUUUUUUACUUUUUAGUCCGGUACCUUUGUCACUUUUAUAUUAUUUUCAAACAUUUUCAUAUAAACCCAAUUUCUUUCAGAAGAGAUGACUUCGGUUUAUUCAUGCAAUUUUUUGAAUUGAAAUCAUGUAAUUUUUCAAUUCCAAGAAACCUAGUGUCUUUAAUCACUCAUUUAUUUAAAUAAAAAGUAAAUGAACUGAAUGCAAGGUGAAGAUAACGAACAGUGAUCAAUCUCAUAACUCCUAUAAGCAAUACAAAAUAGAGAGUUGGGCAAACACGGACCCCUGGACACACCAGAGGUGGGAUCAGGAGCCUAGGAGGAGUAAACAUCCCCUGUUGACCGGUCACAUCCGCCGUGAGCCCUAUAUCCUGAUCAGGUAAACGGAGUUACCCGCAGUCAAAAUCAGUGUGCCAAGAACGGCUUAACAAUCGGUAUGAAACACGUCAGACAGCAUUUGACCCAAUGCGAUGUUGUAUUGACGAACUAGAUCGUUAUAACGACCAUAGAAUUUGCGAAAUGCUGACUUCAAUCGAGACUGUUGAAACCCCUGUACCAUCAACUUGUUUGUCAGUUGCUUACCUCGAUUUCAAAACUGACUAUACGCAGAACAAGCUCUUGCAUAUCGAAUCAGUUGAGAUAUAUAAACACCAUAUGCAGGUGAUAAUGGAUUAUUGCUACAUAAAUAUGGGAAGUUGACGAUGGAGAAACUGAAAUCAUCCCGUUUGUCAUACAGUUGAGUUGUCUGUUUGCCGAUAAUGUCUACUUUCAAUAAAAUAUCUAAGUAUGAAGCAGAAGUGGACGACUCUGUGGUGUCCUUUAUUUCAAACUCACAGGGAUAUAUCAAAUCGACAUAUGAAUGAAAGCUAUUAUUGUUAAUAGACAAAAUUGAAGGCCACAACGAGAGAUUUUUUCUUCUCGCAUAGAAUUUUUUGAAUAAAUUCUCCUUCAUAUGAAUAUAGAAACAAGGUCAGCUAACAAAGGAGCACAAUUCGUGACCAUAGGAAUUCCAACAGACUGUUGGAAGACCUGAUCACCAAAGACCAUGAAGAUAUUGUCAAUGAGGAACUCUAGCAUGUUUUUUUUUUUAUUUCAACUUCAGAGUACUUGUGCGUGAAAUCAGAGUGGUGUUUAACAAAGUAGGUUUUCGAAUGACUGAUCACUAGAUAUGAAUAUUUCCGUUUUUGUUGAAGAAGCAACUGUCUAUGAUGUCAAAAAGACUAGUCUUUAAUUUAUCGUGAGGAGUGGUCGUGUAUAGUGUUGAAAAGUCAUAGGUUUUAAUGUUGUUGAUUUGGGGAAAAUUCUGCGAUUUCAAGUUUACUAAAAGUUCUUUAGAACUUUUUUAGAAUCCACAUUUAAUUAACACCACUUCUGGCAUACGUAGUCGCACAGUAAGUUUGAAGUUUCUCCUUCACAGCUGUUAAUAUUUUCGUGAGGAGCAAAGAUAGGGGCUUGGUAGAGCACUUACUGGAUCCAGCAAUGUAUCUUUGUUUGUAAGGGUUUUUAUGUAGUUUAGGAAUCCAGCAUAGGUACGGUAACUCAUAUGCAUUCCACCUAUCGACUGGGAUAUUAAAUGUUUCUAAAACUGAAUAAUUUCCAUAAUUGUUUUGUGUCGUUUUAGUGAUAACAAUUGUAACGUUAUUAACGGUUGCUUGCCUUAUUCAAAUUUACCGUGAUAUGAAUGAAUGAAAAAUGAAAAAUCCUGUUUGCUUCUUUUGUUACGUGUACUACUAUUCAGUUUGAUUUGAUCCGUUUGUUCAGAUUUUGAUACUCUGUAACAUUUUUUCUUUUAGAAAUGCUUUAAGCUUAAUAAGUUAAGCUGAAUAGCUUUAACAGCUGAUACUGACUAGUCAUAAAUCCUCAUAAAGAAAAUCAUGGUUACAUCACAGUGGGUUAGUAGUAUGUGGAGCUUAAAAUGAAUAUCUUUUUUAUUUUACAAAAUGUAAAUGUAAAGACUACAUGCCCAGGUUGUUUGACUUACAUGUCUGUUGGGUAUACAUGUUUAUAGCAAUAAAACCAUGUGACCAUUUAUGUAUAAUCUUCUCUUCGACUAUAUAAGUUACAAAACCGCUUUCACUAUUUGUAUAUUGUUAUAUGUAAUACAAACGGUCUAGGCAUUCUUUCUCGUAUUAGAUAAAAAUUACACUUCAAAAGUGUUAGAAGUUUAUUUCAUUUCCACACUAUAACUAAGGUUUGACAGUAAAAUUGUAAAAUGUAUGCAUCAUGGGAUAAAUGUGCACCAAUUCUAGUGUGCAUUGCAUUGUAUUCUUUGUCUAGUAUAAUAAUUGUAUGUAUCUAUGUUGUUUUGAGGAAUAUGAGAAUAAAUUUGAUAGUUUGUUAUCAAAUCCA